AUGGUUGUCCUCCCGCGAUCGUCUGCGGACGCAGACAAGACGCAGAUCACUUCGCCAAAGGUGGCCACGAGCACGGUGAUCGGCAUGGUCCUCGGUAUCCUGUGUCUGUUCACGAUGAUCCUGAGCUAUCAGUUGCUUUCCUGUCCGCGCAAGAACCGUGUUCGCCGCGUUCCGCGCUACGGGACCACGCCUCCCAUUACCACCCUCACUCCACCGAAAAAAUCACGCUCCUUUUUGUCAUUAAUACCGUCAUUCCUUCGUUUCAAAUCUACCACACCCGCCGCGGAAAAGAGUCCGAACGGAACGCGCACCAAGCUUCGCGGAGCUGUGCGUUCCUUCUACCUCUCCGCAAAACAGAACCCGUUCUCCAAGCCCGAUCCUCCUCCUUCCGAUGCCGCAGAAGAGAAAAAGCCGCAGACGCUCCGCGAACGGCGUGCUCUCCGCAACCUCUACCUCAACACCAACCCUGUGAGCACGCGAAAGCAAUACCCCACCUCCCCGUCCCCCGCCUCUCCUCUCCGGCAAAUCGGGCGCGUGGGCCGUUUCUUCGGACACGCCUCUCAAGACACCGGAGACGUCCCCGCGCUCCCACGCAGCCCCCGCGGCCGCCGCAGCUACCAGACGCUCGACGACGCCGCCGCCGCCGCCGCCUCACCCUACUCCGCCUGGUCCAACGAAGACGCCUCCCACGGCCGCCCCAAGGACGCGCUCCUCUCCCCCUGGUCCCCAGACGAAGCCCAAUACCCCUACGCGAACCCGUUCCUCUCCCCGAUCGCCGAGGUGCUCACCCCGACCCCGCGCACGCCCACCACCCCGUACCCGUCCAGCCCGUCCAGCCCGCACACGCCGACCACCCCCACGCGCGCGCCCGCGCGCCGGCCGCCCUCGAUGUGGCCGCCCGCGACCCCGCCGCCGCUCUACCCCCCACCGCCGGCGUACCUGGCGGACGUCCCGCGGCGGGGCGCGGGCGGGAGCGCGCCGUCUACCCCCACCCGCACUCCCACGCGCCGCGACGUGCAGCUUGCGCCCGCGCCCGAGCCGAUCCCGAGCCCCGGAUCCGACAGCCCGAGGUCGCUCGCGGCCGACCCGCCGGUGUCCCCGAUCGUGGCCUCGCUGCGGGAGGCCAUCGACGGGGAGAUUGGGGGCUGGACGGAGCCGCGCGCGGACGCGGACGAGCCCGGGGUGUUCGUGAUCUCGAACGACUCGGACAGCGAGGACGCGCACGACCUGGAGAGCAUCAGCAUGUACACUGACGAGUCUGUGGAGCCGUUCAAGUUGUGA